GCAAGCCGGUUCUUGUUUCCAUUUUAACCACGAACGAGAAGAAAAACAGUUACCUGAAACAUAGGUUUCGUAAUCCAUUUAAAAGAUUUGUUCAUCUUUUAUUUUUAGUAAUUUCAUUUCAAGAAUCAUUUGGGUUUUUAGUUUCAAGUAGACAGAGUGUUUUGUGUUGGAGAAGGAAGAAAAUGGCGUUGGGAAGAAAGUGCAGUUCAUUGAAGACAAAGCGAGGUGUGAAUGGUGGUGAAGUGGGUUUAGGGUUAGGGUUUGUGAAAUCCACGCGCGGUUUGGGGAGGAAGAGGGUUUUGAUAACGAAUGUUGCUGAAAGUUUAUUGUCUCCUGAAUCGGAAAUCAAGAACCCAUUGAAGAGGCAAUGUAGCCUGAGAACGAUUGAUUUGGAGUAUGAUGAGAGAUCUUUGUUUGAAGCCUUGCCUCAAGAUAUCCUGAUUAGGAUUAUUUGCGGCGUCAACCAUGAAGAUUUGAAGCAGCUUUUUCAUGUAUCUAAAGCCAUAAGAGAAGCUACUUUGGUUGCAAAGCAAUCUCAUUUCGCAUAUAGCACACCAACAAAGACAAGAGUGUUUCGAUCCUCAAUUGAUUUUGAGGAACCAAUAGAAUUGGAAGAUGAUAUUGACGCACCAAAUGCCCCAAAACAACAGCGGGUUUGCAGGUCGCGAAUUAGUGGGAGGAAGCUUGCUGAUGUUUCAGUGGCACUGUUUGCUUCACCCAAGAAAGGUCUUUUCGUGGAAGAAGAAUAGAAAUAUUUUUUGUAAAUAGAUUGAUUGAUUACAUUUGUUGUUGUAGAUUCAAGUGAAUAGAUUAGAAAAGUGAUACGGGGAUGGUAUCUGUUGUACAUGAGUAGAAAUCUUUACGGGCCAGUUUUCUUCAAAGCUUUGAUUGAAGAUUUGGGUUUGGCUUGUUCUGUAUCUUUUUGUGUACAUUAGAGAUUUUUGUAUGGAGGGCAGUCUAGGCCCUUCUGGUCUCAUAAAGUUGUAAUUUGGGGAGUGUUCUGUUGAUUGUACCGAAUGCCCUUUGUGAUAAAUGAAAUGAAGAAUGUUUCCACGGAUUGAUUUGAUAA